AUGGUUCUGAAUGGUGUGGCAGCAUGUCUCACACUGUGCGAGACACGAAUCAAGAAAGUUAUGCAAUCAGAUGAAGAAAUUGGUCGGAUGGUUGCAUCCGUCCCAGUUGCCAUAGGAAGGGCAAUGGAGCAUUUCGCUGAGAAGUUUCUUCAGGCUGCCGCACAAGCUACACAGAUGAGCAACUCCCGGACUUUGACACCAGCUCAUAUGAAGCAAGCUAUGAUGGCUAACCGACACUUCCAUUUCCUUGCCGAUAUUUUCAAAGAAGUAGCUGUUCCUGGACGAAUGGGACCUGAGUUCGAUCCGAACCUUUCGCGUCAACAGAUGCAACUUUUACAGGCUGGACUUCCGACUCCUGUGGUUCCUGGUCCGAGUGCAAGUCCAGUUUCUAGCCCUUGUACUCCGAUUUCGCCUAUGGGAGUUGGUAACCCUGCAACGAUGGCAGUUCCUCCGUCAACCAAUGGGUCUCCGUAUUCCGUUCCCGUCCCAGGGUCUGUACCCUACAACAUGCCCUAUUCCCCGAUAUUGUCCAAUAUGGUUGUUCCUGGGCAGGCGCAGCCGAUUCCUCCUGCGAUGCAAUAUCCACCUGUACCUCCGCCUGUGACAGCGAUUUCGCCAUCGCCUGCUUCCUCGGCGUCAUCCACCCGCAAGGCACUCAAUGGAAAGAAGGCGGACGCCACGACGGACGGUGAAAAACCAAAACGGGGUCGUCCACGCAAGAUUAAGCGGUCUGAAAAAUGCCUCGAUGACGAGCUAUGUGAGGAAGUAACAAACGGUAUAGAAAAGGAGGAUCAGGAUCGAGCGCUAAUGCCACCGCCGGCUCUUCCAAUGGGGCGUGCUAGACCAGUCGCAUGA